AUGGGCGGUAUUCCUUGGUCCUCAAAAGCAUGCAAAAACUGCAAAACAAGUAAAGUCAAGGUCGAUACCAUCAUUCUAUCUCAUGAGAAUCACCCCACUAAUCACCGUAUCAGUGUGACUUACAAGAACCUCAAUGUGGAAGAUGCGUCAGAAGAGGUAUACAUUGCCCAGGCGAGCUGUGACUCUAAUGAACCCGAAGAAAUCAACCCUGGCCCGGCGAAAUGCGUACAGAUAUCUUCAACCUAUAUCAACCUCUGGUUUCCUAUGGACACUCCACAGAUAUCCGGAAUUGAUAUGUGGUUUGGAAAAGAUACUUGGUAUCAGAUUUUCACUCAUAUUCAGCAAAUCCCUAACAAGUCUCAAAUGCUAGAGAGGGCUAUUAUUGCAAUCUCAUUGCUUUGUAUCGGGAAGUUGAAUCAUGAUAAAAUCAUGGUUGAGCAAGGGAUAUGGUGGUACAAUUCAUCUACUCGACACUUGUUGCAUAUGAUCCAACGCAAUGAUCUAAGCGAUGAGAUCAUCCUUGCUACUGUCAUAUUCCAGAUGCUAGAGGUUUUGUAUUCACCAUAUGGCAUGGGAGCCUUUGUCGCACAUGUGAAUGGGACAAAUAUCUGUAUCAAGAAGCUUACCGAUGCUCAAGCCUCAACGCCUGUCAUGAAACUACUGACUCGUGACCAACGAAGGCUUUCAAUCGUUCGUCACUGGAUCCGUUCCCUAACUGUGUAA